GCAGGUCAACCACGCCUACUCGGACAGCAACUGCGCCGAGGCGGCGAAGCACGCCGAGGAGGACAGCGCGCCCACCCCGCAGUGCGAGCAGAGCUUCAAGGAGGCCGCCAGGCUGUUCGAGGCCUGCAAGGCGAAGGCGCAGCCGAGCUGCAAGGUCGGCGCCGCCACCCUGCUCGCCCUGCGUGAGUACGCUGGCCCGGACCCGCGGGCGCUCGCAGCGGCCCCGGCGGCGCCGUGGGCCCUGCGCCGGCGGCGCGCUGACGCCGCGAGAGGCUCCCGCCGCGACCCGCGGUGCUCGAGGAGCCAGGCGCGACAGGAGCCGCGCGUGCAGCGAGCCGCCAGGGCCGGCUCCGCGUUCCUGUGACGGCGGAGCAGGCCGCGCUGCGGGCGGGCGAGCGCGGGCGUCCUCCUACGUCCUACCGGCGUUUGCAAAAGGCCA